UUCAGCUCUCACUUCCAUACAUCACUGCUGGGAAAACCAUAGCUUGAACUAUAAGGACCUUUGUUGGCAAGGUGAUGUCUCUGCUUUUUAAGAUGCUGUCUAGGUUUACCUUUAUCUCUGCUGAAAGCAGAAGGUGGACUGGGAAGAAGGACAAGUUUUGGGGAGCUGGCAAGCAUCUUUGGAUACCACAGAGCAGAGGCAACGUGUGUGGCCGUGGGCGAUUCGGUGGAGGCGCAGGCAACCUCCCUUCAAGCCAAAGGGAGUCCUCAUGCCGUUGCCGCGGCAACCGUUUGAAGGAUGUCUGUCUCCAGGCAACUUGGGCUGCCAGAGAAGUCAUGUUUGCGCUCCGAAUCGCCUUGGAGUCGACAGCUUCCUGGUCUUGCUAGCAGCAGGUGGAACCCCAGACGGAGUUGGACUUCAGACUUUUCUCACCCUCACUGCUGAUAAAAGCAGCUGAGAGGAGGUUCAGAGGGCAGAAGGCUGGAGAGGAAGGCGAGGAAGAGGAAGACAGCCCUUCGGAGUGAAAAAUGGACCACCUCAAAGCUGCUGAAGAUAUCAUCUUGGGACGGCCAAGCAAACUCUGCCUGUCGGAGAUCUCUGGAAAACAAAGGAAAAGCAAGCGAAGGAUGUCGGAGCAAAAAAAGUCCCAAAGUUUGGAGGAGACGGUCGGCGAGACAGCCAGGAAUGGACACAACCCGCCCCUUUCGCGAUCCAAGACCUACGAUCCGUCUUACUCUAAGGAGGCCGAGAAAGAAAAUUUGGCGUCUGCGCAGCACAGGAAUUCGGACUCCAAUCUGGUGAAACAUGCUCUCAACUUCCGAAGGGUGUUCAGAGACUUCCCUGAGGAGGAAGAACUCUUGCAGACUUUUUCGUGCGCCUGGCAACGGGAGGUUCCUUAUCACGGCCGCCUGUAUAUAUCCGAAAAUCACGUCUGCUUCUACUGCAGCAUGGUGCACCGGGAAGUUAAGGUCGUCAUCCCGGUUCCAUCCAUCAGCAUCCUCAAAAAGGCCAACACAGCCUUGCUGGUACCCAACGCUGUCUGCAUCCGGACGUCAGAUGGAGAAAAGUUCCUGUUUGGGUCUCUUCGCUCCCGGGAAACCGUUUACCAGGUCCUGCGCUCCGUCUGCAAACACCUCCAGGACGGCAGUCGCAACAACAGCCCAACCGCAGCGCACAACCUUUCGGACCAGUUGCUUAAGAUUUCCCUGACCCCAAAGGAGCUGGACAGCAGCCGGACGCCCCCCCUGGACGAAACCCUCCCGGAAGAGCCUGACAGGGCAGAUAGGACCCGGAGCCCCCUGACAGCAGCUAUCGAACCACACCGGACGGCAGCAAACAGAGGAGGGGUACGGUCCACAAAGUCCUGGCGGAGCUGGAAGGCUCACCUCAGCCCCCUCAACACUGUCAUCCUCAUCUAUCUCUGCUUGGUGGUGGUCCUGCUCCUUUCCUCGGGGUACAUCGGCCUGCGCAUCGUGCAACUGGAAGAACAGUUGAUCUCCAUGGGAGCGUGGCCCGAAAUAGACUUGCAGCAGCACCAGUAUAAGACAACUUGAGCAUCUCGCAAGAUGUCCAGGCCAUCUGCUUCUGGUCAGGAAAAAGAAAAAUAGGGUUGUCAAAAGUCCAGGUUUUUUCCGGACAUGUCCAGGAUUCCAGCAACAAAAUUUAGCAUCCAGGGGGAAUCAUGCUU